GAAAAUGAAGGCGGCCAUAUUGAAGCAGUAGCAGUCCUGGAAGAAGGAGAAAGGAACUGAGCGAGUGAACAGAAAGAGUGGCGAGAAGAGACAGGGGGAAUUAUCGUUUGACGCGCAAGCAGCUAAACUUUCUAUAUUCAGUUUGAGUCCUCACCAUACCAACUUGAGACACCAUGAGCGGUGGGACACCAUACAUCGGCAGCAAAAUCAGCCUCAUAUCAAAGGCCGAGAUUCGCUACGAAGGGAUUUUAUACACUAUUGACACUGAAAAUUCAACCGUCGCGCUUGCUAAAGUGCGUUCUUUUGGCACUGAAGACCGCCCCACUGAUAGGCCCGUCCCACCACGCGAUGAGGUGUUUGAGUACAUCAUCUUCCGAGGGAGUGAUAUCAAAGACCUCACCGUCUGCGAGCCUCCCAAACCCACAUGCUCCCUUCCUCAGGACCCUGCCAUUGUCCAGUCAUCUAUUGGAUCGUCCCCAGCAGCAGCAUCAUUCCAGUCUGUGGGCACCUAUGGUUCCUUCAGUCGGGCCCGCGUGUCCCCCUACAGCCAGUUCAGCUCCAGUUCCCUUGUGGCCCAGCAGUUUGGGACUGUUGGCAUAGGUCGCUCAAGUCCCACAGUUGACAACCUGACAAAAAGCCCCACACUUGAGCAGGCAGUGCAGACAAUCACCACACCUCCCCCUGGCCCUCCUGCACCUGUGGGACAUAGGAGUCCUGCCUCAGCCAGGUCUGCCGCAACCUGCAGCCAGAAGCCCCCAGACAUCCCGGAUCAGAGAAGGGGUCAAGAUGCUCAGAAAAUCCCCAAACCUGACUCUGAGCCAGGCAGGAGUGAGAACAGAGAUGCUAAUAAAAGACAAGGUGUAGGAAUACCCCCAGCCCGGCGAGGUCGUGGUGGGGGACACCGCGGUAGAGGUCGUUUUGAUGUACGCCGAGAUGGGCGCAUGAAGUUUGAGAAAGAUUUUGACUUUGAGAGUGCCAACGCUCAGUUCAAUAAGGAGGAGAUUGACAGAGAGUUCCAGAACAAACUCAAACUGAAAGACGACAAGCCAGAAAAGCCCGAGAAGGCAGUGAAUGGAGUGGAAAAACUAGACUCCGCGGUGGAGCCCCAGAACAGUGAAGGAAAUGUUGAUGAAGAGGAUCCUCUAGGACCAAACUGCUAUUAUGACAAGUCCAAGUCUUUCUUUGAUAACAUCUCCUGUGAUGAUACCAGGAAAGCAGCAGAGAGAUCUGGAGUUUCAGCAUUUCCAAGGGAACGGAGACAGACCUGGGCAGAAGAGCGGCGAAUGAAUGCUGAAACAUUCGGCAUCCCACUACGCCACAAUCGGGGCCGCGGGGGCUUCAGAGGACGAGGCGGAGCGGGAUUCCGAGGAGGCCGAGGCCGUGCUGCAAACCGGGGAUCCUUUGGGUCCGCCCGUGGGGGACCUGGUGGCUUCAGGGGUGGCUUCAGAGGAGGGCGCGGCGGCAGAGAAUUCUCAGAUUUUGAAUACAGGAAGGAUAACAAAGUGGCCGCAUAGUACCUGGAAGACGGGUCCAAAAAGUGUAGCUCUUUGUGGUCCAGAAAUCUGUUUUGGUUUCAACUUCUGACAAAAAGAAUGAAGAAUUGUACUUGCUGUAUAUUUGUCACCAGCACUGGGGUAGAUUGCCUGAUUUCAAGGGGUGUAAAUGCAGUUUUCCUUAAAAAAAAAAAAAAAAAAAAAAAAAAAUUAUACGAGAAGUCUUUGUUUGAAAUGUUAGCACGUGGAUAAGAUCUUAUGUGUAAAUACAAUACUUCAGUGGGACUAUUCAGUAUUUUUGCAUCAAUAUUUGAGUUUAUUUCUAACUAAACUUGUAUUUGAUAAUGUACUGUUAGGUGUAAAGAGAGGUGUGCAGAAGCCCGCUGAAACUGUGAGAGUACUUUGAUCACUGAAAUAGCUUUAUUUUUUGGAUAUAACCUGUAAUGUACCUUUAGAAGCACCAAAAUCCUGUACAUAGCCAGUUGAAGCAGUGACAGCUUUUUACCUUUUUUUCUACUUCACAUAUCUUGAUGGCUAGUAAUCCCACUUCUCAAAUGCCUGUUUUAGGUAUCCUUGUCUGAAAUACUCUUGCUGUUUUAUUUUUCAGUUUUGUUUUUCUUGAGUACAUCAGGAGUACAAGCUUUUUUCAGGCAUACUAGCAAAAAGUGUGGAUCUUACAUGGAGAUGUUGGACAACUCCUGAAGUUUUACACUAUUUGAUUUUAUGCUCUUCUGUAGGUAAUCACUAAGACCCAUUCACACAGGUAACAGAAGAGAGAUGAUUGUAGUAUACAGCAUCACUUUGAGGGCUAAGUGAAUUCUGAAAUGUUGUUCAUCUAUAGCUUGAAUGUAUUUUCCAGUGUUAGAAAAAAGAUUUCUGGAAUUUCUAUCCCAGGUACUAUGUGAUUUCCAUCCUUUUGGACUUUUCAGUCUCCUGAGUAAGAAUUUGCAUUAGUUAGUUUGAAGAAUAAUGGCUCGUUGAUGGCCAACAUCCCUGGCAGCUGAGGCAGGUUAGUGAUGCAUAUAGUGAGUAACUUUUAUUACUUUUAUUAUUUUAUAUAGAUUCCAUACUCUUUGUACUAAGUAAGUUGGUUUUGUUCCUGUCACUAUGGCUGGUCUGAGGUUUUGACACAACCUGACUUAGUUGGAAUGCUGGGAAGAUUAUCAGUUGGUAAAUGUUAAUAGAAACCUGCAAUGCUGUCUCUUUCCAGCAAUUCUUAUUAACUUACUCAGGAAAUGGCCUUGACUCUCCUGGGGAUUGGAUUUUUAUGAAAACAUAUUUGCACUUUAAAGAGCAGUGAAAAGCUAGGUCAUCAAUUGACCCUUUAGAAAACAACCUGAUGCAUUUCAUGUUGACCACAUUUGGCAGAUUGCAACAAGUUAUAAUGUCUUGUAUUGUUCUUUGGUGUUUGUCUCCUGUGUGAAUGGGCCUUGAGAGCUGCAUUUAAACAUUACAACAGACAUGUAAGGCUUUACAUUUAAAUGUUAAUAUUAGAUGUGUAUGUUUUUGGUUUGGGUCCUGAAAACUACCAUGAAUACAAGUGUCCAUAGUAAAUUAAGAUGAUUAGAUGAUACAAUGAAGUACUAACUUUAUUUGGCCAAUCAGUAUGUUUGCCCUUUGCACGUUUAGAAAGGCCUCAGGGACAUGACAGCAUACCCCCCUCCAAAAAUACAGUAAAAUAAAGGAGGACUGUCCACAUAGAUACAGGACAAAAUAUACAGCAGUGUGAAUUUGGAGUUAAGUUAAACAUUCAAUGGGAUCAGAAUAUGCUUGAUGAGAUUAACUACAUUCAAGCCCUGAAGUCAUCGAUGUUCUGCAGAUCUAUGAAGUGUAAAUGUUCUAGGUAUUUGCUGUGAAUAUUUCCCUAUUAGGUAUGAUGUUUUAAGGGAGAUGUCCAGACAGUUAUUCUGCAGUGAUUGUAAAUUUAAGCUCGCUUCUUUUCUUACAAAGACUGAUGGAAUAAAGGGAUCUGAAUAUUCACAAUAUUUUUUCUUUUUUGAGAAGGCAAUUACAUAUUGUCGCCGGCUGCUCAUCUAAAAAGCUGAAACAGCAUAGAAAAGUUAGUUCACAAAUUAUACCUAGACCAACUUGAAGCAGCAUGAGAAAACCUCUUGUAGAUGAUGUAGGGCAGCUGUUGAGGUAUCCAGUAGUGAAAUGUAUACGACUUGACUGUAGUGAACACACAGAACACUGCCUGAUAGUUAUGUCUCAUGUGAAACCACAAAAUCAUGACUGGUGACACAAUUGUGAACAAGUCAGUGGUCUUUGAAUAGCCAGAUCCCCUAUUGUGUUGCAACAACUUACUGAAAUGGCCCAUGCUAAUUUGAGAUACAUUGUACAUACUAUGAAAAUGCUGUACUCUGUGGAUUUAAUUCUGGUAAUUACUCCUAACCUCUGGAUCAACAACCAAGUGUUUUGAGUUUUGAAACAAAACAAUCUAGCAGCAUGAUGUACUUUCAGUGUGA